GGAGGAAGGGUGGAGGGUGGGCAGAAGCUUGAGAGAACGAGAACAUAUUGGGACAUCUGAUAUUUUGGUGGAGAUGAAGUCCACACUCGGAGCUCUGAGUGCUCUGCUCUGCUGCUCGCUGUCCUGCUCCCAAACACUGAAUCCUGCCGGGAGGAACGUCUGCCCCAAUGUCAGGAACCCUUCAGCCUCGGUCUGUUGCACUGGGUGGCGUCAAGAAGGAAAGGAGUGCCCCAUACCUGUGUGUGAGGGAGAGCAGGCCUGCCUGAAGGAAGAGAUCUGUGUGUAUCCUGGAGUGUGUCGCUGUGCACCUGGCUACUUCGGAGCUCUCUGUAAAACACGCUGUCCCCCUGACUUCUGGGCUCCGGACUGUCGCCAGGUGUGUCAGUGUCACCCGCACGGCCGCUGCCACCCCGCCACCGGCGAAUGCACCUGCAACCCCAACCGCUGGGGCCCCCUGUGCCAGUACGCGUGCAAGUGCGCCCGGCACGGCCACUGCCACCCCGUCCACGGGAACUGCACCUGCGACGAGGGCUGGUGGACGGCGACCUGCUCCAAGCCGUGUCAGUGCGUCAGCGGGGGCUCCGCGGGCCCCGGCUGCGACCAGCUGACGGGCCGGUGUCAGUGCCUCCAGGGCCACUGGGGCCUCAAGUGCCCCGUCUCUUGCAACUGCUACCUGUCGCAAUGUAACCAGCGUACCGGUACGUGUGAGUGCGAGGCCGGCUGGUGGGGACCCAGCUGUGAUCGGCGAUGUAACUGUGACCUCACCCACAGCAGCUGUGACCCGGCCAGCGGGCAGUGCCUGUGCCACCCGGGGUACCACGGUGCCUUCUGCAACCAGGCCUGUGAACGUGGCAAGUACGGCAGCGGUUGUGAAAUGAGGUGGGUGUCUGGGAGAUGCGCUUGUUUUGUUUCUACACCCGGGGUGUUACAAGUCGACUCUGUGUGCUUCUCUUUGUCCUCCCGUCUCGUUGGCCUCAGCUGCGGCUUCUGCAGAGACAAAAAGCCGUGCUCGGACACCGACGGCUCCUGCGAGGCCUGUGAAGCCGGCUGGAACGGCACGCGGUGCGACCGCCCGUGCCCGUCUGGUUCUUACGGGGGCGGCUGCCAGGAGACGUGUCCGCGCUGCAGGAACAACGAGCCCUGCGACCCCAAAACUGGACAAUGCUGGCGGUGUGACCCUGGAUGGACUGGACCCAGGUGCGAGGAGGCCUGCUCCAACAGGACGUUUGGAGACGCAUGCAGCUCCCCCUGCAGCCCUUGUUUCCAUGGUGACUGCCAUCACGUGACAGGAAGAUGUGUUUGUCAGCCAGGUUUUCAGGGAGAGAGCUGUAACAGCAGCUGCCCCGCCCUGCACUUCGGCCUCAACUGCUCCUCCGCCUGUGGCUGCAGUGAAGGGGACAGCUGCGACCCCGUCACCGGCUUCUGUCCCAGCAGUGGCAGAGCUGCUGUCCUGGCAGGUGUCCUCGUUCCUUUGCUCUUGAUGCUCCUUGCUGUGCUCUGCUGCUGUUUGUGUUGUGGUGGAGGUCACGUUGAUGGCAAAGACAGGGCGGCUGUUGCUGACGGCGGCUUGUCAGUUCGGGUGAAAUAUCACGUUUACAGCGUCCUGGCCAACAUCGGUGCUUCCCUCCCCUGUGUUUCUGAUUGGUCCUCUGGCCUGCCUCGUGUCACUGUGUCUCACCAUGACCCAGAGCUGACGUUCAACCACAGCUUCAUCGAGCCUCCUUCCUCUGGCUGGGUGACUGAGGGGUCGUCCUUCGACAGUGAUGAGGAGGAGGAGGAGGCGCUCUACUGUGUCCCUCCAAGAGAAGACAUCCCGGAGGUGGCGGGCGGCGAGUUCCACGAGAUGAGCUCCAAGUGUAACAUGUUCUUGGACCCAUCCGGCUUCAGCAGCGAGGACAUCACUUCGCCCUUCAACAUCCCUCGCACCUCCAGCAUCGCCAAGUCCAAGCGGCCUUCCGUCUCUUUUGCCGAGGGCACCCGCUUCGGCACCAAGGAGAGGCGUGGCUCGGCUCAGGAGCCCGGCGCCCUCCCUGGACGCAACAAACCCAAGUCAUCCUGGGGGGUUCUGAUGCUGUCUGCCCUCCAAAGCCAGGGGAGCGCCUCGAGAACUGGGGAGGAAGAUGGAGCUGAGAGCGAGGAGGGGGAGGAGGAGGAGGAGGAGGAGGAGGAAGUCGAUGUGCAGGCGACGGACAAUCAGGAUUCCAGCUGUGAGGCGGGGGACCAGGAAGUACACAGAACCCCUCCCCGGGCCACCUUGCACGUCCCCGGGACAUCAGGACGAAGGCGAACUAUGUCCAACACAGUUGCUCAGAAAUGUAGCCAGCUGCCGCCGUCUCAGGUGGGGGUCUUGGAUAAGGUCACCACGGUGUACGUGACGGUGGGUAAGGCGGGGAGGCCCGCACCGAAAACGGAGGCGACCUCCGAAGGCCCGGUUCAAGCCAUGCUGCGGCGACUCGGAAGCCUCCAGAGGCAAAGGGAGCAGGACUCUGGCAAACCCAAGCCCAAAGGAGCCGAAGGGAUCACCAAACCACCGAGGAGGAAGCUCGGAGCUCGGGCCAGUGUGUGGGAGGAGGGAGGCCCGCCCGCGGGGGAGGUGCGCAUAUGUAAGCCAAUCAGGAGAAAGCAUGCUGCCCUCGCCCCGCUUGACACAGGUGGCCCUAAUGACAGUGCACCGUCGGAGGGCGGCGCUCCAAAGCGACCACUGUCGUCCAUCUUGAGUAGCGUGCCAGAGGGGGUUCUGUCCGUCUCGGGGUCAGGUCUUCGGGCUGAGAGCGCUGACCCGAGCGCAGUAAAAACCGAGGGCACCUACCUGACCGUGGGACCUGCAGGAGACGCUGCGAGUCUCGCUGAGGUCAUCGCCAAUGAAGGCGCAGCGGACGAUGCGAGUGACGAACCCUGCUAUGAAAAUGUCCAGAUUAAACACUCAUAACCUGUGAGAAAAAACACGUCAGCAGGUGUAAGUCAAGCACACAUUGUUACUCUGCAGUUAUAAAGUGAUAAAGUCUGGAGUUAUUAUGGUGUUAUCCAGUACACAAUGUACGGGCACAGCUAAAUAUUGGCAUUUAUGCAACAUAUGUAAUAAAGAAAUCAAAAAUGGGAUAAUUAUUCUAAUUAUACAUACAAAAAUCUG